CGCACGCGCACGGGUCCGCGGCGCGCGCCGAGCGGGGGGCGCCGCACGGUGCAGCCACGAUGGAAGGGGGUGCGUACGGAGCGGGCAAAGCCGGGGGCGCCUUCGACCCUUACACCCUGGUGCGGCAGCCACACACCAUCCUGCGCGUCGUGUCUUGGGUUUUCUCCAUUGUGGUCUUUGGCUCCAUCGUGAAUGAGGGCUACCUCAACAACUCGGCGGAGGAGGAGGAGUUCUGCAUCUACAACCGGAACCCCAGCGCCUGCCGCUACGGCGUGACCGUGGGCGUGCUGGCCUUCCUCACCUGCCUGCUCUACCUGGCGCUGGACGUGUACUUCCCGCAGAUCAGCAGUGUCAAGGAUCGCAAGAAGGCUGUGCUGUCCGACAUCGGUGUCUCAGCCUUCUGGGCCUUCUUCUGGUUCGUGGGUUUCUGCUUCCUGGCUAACCAGUGGCAAGUCUCCAAGCCCAAGGACAACCCUCUGAAUGAAGGGACGGACGCGGCCCGGGCCGCCAUCGCCUUCUCUUUCUUCUCCAUUUUCACUUGGGCGGGCCAGGCUGUGCUGGCCUUCCAGCGGUACCAGAUUGGCGCCGACUCGGCCCUCUUCUCCCAGGACUACAUGGAUCCCAGCCAGGACUCCAGCAUGCCUUAUGCACCCUACGUGGAGCCCAGCGCUGGGCCGGACCCUGCUGGCAUGGGUGGCACCUACCAGCAUCCAGCCAACGCCUUCGAUGCUGAACCCCAGGGUUACCAGUCGCAGGGCUACUGAGCCCCCAUGAUGGUGGUGACAGUGACCGCCUACCCUGUCCCUGUCCUUUCAUCCUAGCGCCCCUUCCAGACACCCUGUUCCCUCCCAGGGGACCCUGCCUAGCACCUGCUCAGCCUCCAAGUGACUCCACGGAGGCCCAGUGCAGCUGGGGUGGGGGAAUCGGGGAGCCAGGUGGGGUGUGUCCACAUGUGUGUGAAAGCGUGUGCGCAGCAAGGGUCUAGAGGGUGGGGCCCAGGGGUCACAGCCAUUCAUUAUGUCCUUGAGCAUUCACUGAGCACCUACUGUAUGCCAGGCCUUGCUCAGCUGGGGAGUGAGAGAAAUGGGGAGGGAAGGUGGACUGAGAAGGCCCUGCUCCAGGUGCAGGGAAGGUAGACAGACAGACAGACAGAUACUGGGAAGUUUGGCUGCAGGGGGCUCAGCCACAGGUGAGUGUGGUCAGUCACAGGAUGUGGGUCAUCAUCUCCAGAAUCCUUGAUCUAUAACAGUCCUCCUGGGAUUGCCAGGGCUAUCUCCAUUUUAUGGUUGAGGAAACUGAGGUCUGAGAGGUCAGAGUACUUUGUCCAAGGUCAUUCAAGCAGCUGAUGAUGAGGCCACAUCAAGGUAGGCCGGAUACAGAGUUCCUGCCGGCCUGCCUCUCUUUAUUUCUAAAACCUAGGCUUUGCCACUCAGUGUUACUCUGAUUGGGGAAGGGGGGCGGGGGGGGGGCAGUGCUUCAGGACUUGAGUCCAGUGAGACAUCAUGAUCUGCUGCAAACCAAGGACCUCUUCUGCCUCAGCUGCUUUCCUCCAUUCGGGUCCCCUCCUCAGUCCAUUUGGGUCCCCUCCUCAGUCCUGGUCUUCUAGAGGGCUCCCCAGACCUGCCCCUGUCCCCUUGUGUUGUUCCAAGCUCAACAGGUCCCACAGGGAACUCCUUUGGGGUGUGCCAGCCACCCCCUCUGCCGUCUCCCAAAGGAGUGGAGGCUGCCCCUGCCCCUUGGAGGGCUCCCUGAGCCUUUGCUCAUGGCUGGGCAGACGGGAGGCCAGGUGGGAGUGGAGAGUGGCCCAAGGUCCCAGUGAGGAAGCGGUCGGUAGAGCUGGCCCUUGCUGCCAAAGUUGAUUGACUCCCACCACCCAGCAGGUGACUCCACCCUUGUCACCGCCUGGGACACUGUUCUCGCUCUGCUUGUCUGGGUCAGUCAGGGUUCAGGACUGGAAGAGUGGGCGGCCAGGCCAGGAGCUUUCAAUUACAGGAUCAGUUUGAGUGCAGGUCACACUGCCCCGGAUGACUCACAAGCCAGACCCUGCAGGUAGGCUCAGGGAGACCUUGGGCCACAGGAAAGAAUACCAGGUGAUCUCAGAGACAGGGGAGAGUGGGCAGGGCCUAAGGGGACACGAGGACACAGUGGGAACCCAGAGGGAGAGUGUCUGUGCCAUCUUCCUGUGAGUACCCGGUAUACACCAGCUGGUUCCUUGUGAAGCAGGGCAGUGGGCUGUGAGUCAGCUUCAACAAUGGGUGUCCCCACCAUCUCACCCCAUGCCCUACAGGACGCAGACGGGCAGGUUUGCUCUACGUGUGUCAUCGGGUGUCAGCCAGGUUAAUCAUGACAUGGGGUCUCUGCGGUGUGUCCACAGUGGGAGCCUAACGCUUUCGGCUGAGAAACUGUAGCUUUGGGGUUAUUUCUACCAGCGACACAUAGUUUGCUCUUCUGGUACCCAUGUUGGUGUGGCGUCACCAAGGGUGUCCUCUAGGGGCCUGUGGACCACACAGAGGUACAGGGCCCAUUAAAGUAGGAAAACAUGGCGUGAGUGUAGGCCUAAGGAAGUCAGUCAAGGAGGGGACACCACUACCCCUCCUGAACAGAAGGGGAAACUGAGUCUCUGUGAGCGUGGAGAGUGAGCAUUGGAGAUUAGAUCCAAAUUGGGGUCUCCCAAGUUUCCUAGGGGCCCACAGUGUUGGGAAAGGACCCAGCAGCUGAGUGACAGCUGGCUGUUGCUAACUUCCAUUUUCCACAUCUGGGAAGGGGCUCUGUGUACACCCCCGUGCCCCAACCGGGGGGCUCAACUAGGGACAGCUUGGGUGACUUGGUUCCAGACCAGAGGGGACAGACAGUGUGGCUCCAGGAGCGUUUCUGUGCCACCAAGAGGCUGCGAGAAGUCCUGGCCUUCGCUACUCCUGCUGGUGAGCACUAGAGACCCAAGGACUGCCCGUCCGUUUCUCCCUGGACAGCACCAGGCAGCUGGUGAUGGCAGGCAGAGGGCAGAGUGCUGGUUAAACUCUGCCCAGCCUUGGGUGUCUGUCUGUCAUAGACCCUAGUCCUCAGGCUCGGGAAGUGAGUUUACAGGACCAGGAGCUGGGCUGCGGGGACCUCGGCAAGCACCUCCCCCUUUCCCACAUGCAUGCCACCAUCCUGGUAGUGAUGUCCGACCGUGGAGAAGAAGCCUAGGAGGAUUGGAGUUAGACCCAGGCUUCUGACUCAGUGGUUUGGGCAGGGUCCACCCCGCACCCCCUUGGACAGAGCAUAGCCCUGGGAGGACCCAAGGCCAGCAGCAUCCUGACUUCCUUGCCCUCUCCACCGUCUCUGCUUUCCUCUCCUCCCACAUUCUCCUCGGAGACAGCCCCCCGCAGCUGGAAUCGGGGCCCCCUUUUCCCUGUCAAGCACAAAAGAAGGUCUGGGAAAUUUGGGUUCCACGUGACUUCACAGCUGCAGGGGUCCUUCAAGAGACUCAUGUCUCAUCCAAGGUCAAGCACAGAGUGAGAGAUUGGGAGCCCUGUCUCCUGCCUUCUGAGAUGACGUGACCUGCAGUCCCAGGCCAACUUGCCUGGGUGGCCCCCAGUCCACCUGGGAUGCAGCAAUCAAGGGGCUAAUUCCCAGGGCACUGGCACCAGUCUCCGCUCCGUCUGUCCCUAAUGAUUCUUGGUCUUCAAAGACUCUUGGGGCUCUAGGCUUUUCCCAUGUAACCAAGAGAUCCCACAUGUUACCCCUGAGGUACCCCCAACCUUGAUCCACAACCCCUUUGAUCUCUAAAGAGUGUGAGCAGGAGUCCCCAGAGUUUAUGGAGGAUGGACUGGGCUGGCCAUCUCCUAGUGCUACCCCUGACCUGACACCCCCGCCCCCUGGCGCCCAUGGCUCUUGUCUGGGCGCCCCGGCCCCUCCCGCAGCGUUACUGCCUGUGUAUAGUAUAAAUAUAUAUAUUUUCUAUAUAUAAGAUGUAUAAUAUAAGGCUCCACAAUAUAUCUGUGAGUGUGUGUGCGCGUGCGUGUGUGCGGUGAAGGGCGGCCCCCACCUUGGGCCCUGCUCCAGACCCUCCCCCACCUGGUUAAGCCUCUCCAGAGUGGAUCCAGUCAGUGGCCCUGUGGCAUCCUCCUCUACGACAUCCAUCCAUCCGUGGUGAACCAAGUGAAGGUGGUGACUUCUGGUGAUAUAGUAAUAAAGUGAAGACUUCCAACUCA